GUAUCUUUCCUCUGAGCUCGACAUUCGCACUUCUGCAUCCUCUGCUACCUACUCGCCUCACGAACUGCCAGCCAUGUUCGCCACCAAGCUCUUCCUCGCCAUCGCACUGGCCGCCACCACCGCCCUCGCCGACGACUACGUCAAGUGCGAGACCACCGACGGCAGCCCCAACCUCAAGGGCUGCCAGGACCUCUCCACCGGCUUCCAGCAGGGCGCCGACCCCGACUGCGCGCAGCCCUACGGCUCCGGCUGCCGCACGACCGCGUCGAACAACGAGGGCUGCGCGUUCGUGCUCUGCAUGCAGGACGGCACGGAGCCGCAGUGCUCGGACCCGGCGAGCGCGGGCAAGUUCACGCAGCAGCUGAUAGACCAGUGCGGGAAGGACGGGAAGGUCGGCGGAUACUAUCACCAGGAUUUGGGCGAUGGGCAUUACUUGAACUACGAGUUCACGAACCCCUAA